AAGAAAUAUUAAUAAGGAAAAAUAUAUUCUUCUCCCCCUUUUUAAGCUAUAGAAACUGCUGUGCCCAUAUAUUAUCAGAGCUAGGGUUUUGCGAGAAAAGAGCGAGAGAGAAAUACAGGAUUGGAAAAGAUGGGAAGAUACCGAGAGAGAAGCCGUAGCUACAGUCCCAAACGUUCUCACCGCGACUACGACGACCGUUCUCACCGCGACCGCGACCGCGACGACCGUUCUCACCGCGACUACGACGACCGCUCUCACCGUGACCGCCGUCCUGUUCGCGACCGCCGAUCUCCGGGUCCCUCCGGUCUUCUCGUUCGCAACAUCUCUCUCACUGCCAGGCCUGAAGAUCUUAGGAUUCCCUUUGAACGCUUUGGUCCUGUCAAAGAUGUUUAUCUUCCCAAAAAUUAUUACACGGGGGAGCCACGUGGAUUUGGAUUUGUGAAGUUCCGUAAUUCUGAAGAUGCUGCUGAAGCUAAGCAUCAUCUAAAUGAUACUGUUAUUGGUGGCCGCCAAAUAGCAAUUGUUUUUGCUGCUGAGAAUAGAAAAACUCCUCAGGAUAUGCGCAGGAGUGGUGGUGGAAGUGGCCGUCAUGGGGGCAGCAGUAGAAGAUGGAGCCCGCCUAGGUCUCCUAGACGUAGAUAUCGCUCUUAUUCACGUUCACCUUCUCCAGCCAGAAAUGGCUCAAGGGAUAAACGAGCAAGAGACCAUCGCUCGCCUUCACGUUCCAGGUCUAUCUCAAGAUCUGUAUCACCUCGUGAUGAUAAAGAGUACAGGUCUGGUCGGCAAUCAUUCAGUCCCAACAGAAAUGGUAAGAGUCCCAAUGAUAAGGAGCACCAUAUUUCAGAUCAAAGAUCAGGUAGGUUGAGGAACAAUGAUGUCAGCCCACAUGAUGAUGACUACAGUCCUGACAAUAAGAGAGAUUCUGAGCUUGUGCGCAAGGAAAUAAACGCCAGGGAAGAUGGCCAUAAUUUAACAAGAUCUGUGUCCAAGUCCCGCAACAGGUCUCGAACUCGCUCCCCUUCAUACAGUCGCUAAACCGGUGUCUUUAUGUUGCUGGAAGUCUGGAUUGCAAGGUAGAUGUUAAUGCCAGUUAUUAGGGAGCAAAUGUUGAGCAAAAACAUGUGAAAACUGUGUGGUUGAUACCAUGCCUGGAAUUAUGUAAUAGGAUGAUAUGAUGUUACUGUUUUAGUAGUUGUGCAAAUUCUUCUAUGUUCAGCAAAUCAGAAUCAGUAAUGGUUUGUAAUUAGUUUUGAGAUUUUAAACUAUUAUUAAUUGCGAGGCUGCUUGGUUUGCAAGAUUUUUUUUAAA